CUAAUGCACAGAACUCGUCGCACUCUACUACAAUUAACAAUCUAAACAUGCUUUUCGUUGUUUAUUUCUUCUAGGUCAAGUUUUAUCUUUACAUAUUAUAUAACACUACAUAAUAAAAUGUCCUUAAUGAGAAGUAUUAAUUUUAGUACUGUUCGAAGAAUACCGAAGUAUUUUAUACAUUCCCACAAUUUAAAUUGCAGUCGAAGGAGAAUUUGGAGGCACUACUGUGCAGCAACUAUUUCCCACCCUACACCAGAUGGUUGUGAAAAAGAUUAUGCUCCAAAAAUUAAGAACAUUGUUGAAGAAAUAGCAAAAUUAACAUUGAUUGAAGUAGCAGAUUUAAAUGAAUGUCUAAAGAAAAAACUUAAUAUAAAAGAUGUUCCAAUGACAAUGGGGGUUGCGCCAAUGGUUGCUCCUAGUGCAUCUGCUGAAGACGAUGAAAGUGAACCUCAAGUGACCAAGUCUUCUUUUACUGUAAAAUUAAUGAAAUUUGAUGCCUCUCAAAAAGUAGCUAUUAUCAAAGAAAUUAAGAGUUUAAUAGAUGGCAUGAAUUUAGUUCAGGCAAAGAAAUUUGUUGAAAGUGCUCCACAAAUAAUAAAAGCUGAUAUAGCUAAAGAUGAAGCAGAUAAAUUGAAAGAGACACUAGAGGCUGUUGGUGCUACUUGUGAAAUCUCCUAGACAAACGCAUUUUUUUUUUCCUUUUGUUGGCUGCACUUUUAUAAAAAACAUAUAGACUUAGUACUUUUAUUUCAUAAUAUGCAGAUGUUAUCUUCUGUGUUUUAGAAAUGCAGUGAUUAAUAACAACAAUAUUUUACCGUACCACCCUUCAGUAAAAAAUUAUAUGUUAAAUAAAAGUUUAUAUGUUUAAAGUGUUUGUUUUUUGUAGAAUAGAACAUGUAUUAGUUGACUUGUGAAUAACAUAUUCAUGAUCAUUUGUGUUUUACAAAUAGGAAAAUUAUAAGUGUAAUUAUGAUGCAUUAAUUAGACAUUUUUUUAAAACUCAAAUUUAUUUUUAAUCAUGUUUUCUUUCAAAUUAUUUGAUUUAAACAAAAAAGUGAUAUUUAAAUGCUUUUUAAGUUUAAAAUUACACUAUUAUUUUUAACCAUUACUAUUACUUUUAAAAUUGGCAUUUGUACUCAUAAAAUAUUAAUCAUCACUUACUUAAAAGUAAUUUCAAAUAAAAAAAACAUUAUCUUUAUGGCAUAUAAACUAUUUAUUAUUUAUUGAUGUAAGUGCAAUUAUAAAUUGGCAUCUAAUAUGUCCCGAUCAUGCAUUUAGAAUUGUUUUGAAAUAAAAAUCAAAUAAAACUGUCUUGUUAAAGUU